AUGGAAUGCCCUAUAUGCUCAGAGCUAUUCAACGAAGGAGAUAAUUGUCCUCGUUUGCUGCGAUGUGGUCACACAUGCUGCGAAUUGUGCUUAAAUCAGGUUAUUGACGAAAAUCAAAUAACAUGCCCAACAUGUCGAAGUAUUUCAGUAACAGCAGGAACUUCAAGUUUACCAAAGAAUUAUACAGUUCUUGAGUUCAUAGCAAAUACUAAAUCUGCUGAACUCGUAAACUGAGCAAAAUCAAAGCUUCCAAGUCAAUGUCAAGAGCAUCCUGAAGAAAAUGUUAUCAGAUAUUGCAUUGAAGAUUCUAAGCCAGUUUGCGCUGAGUGUAUUUUAUUGCUCAGAUUUUUUAUAAAUUUUUUUAAAAAAAAAUAAAACAAUAUUUUUUAUGGCGAAUUUUAUUGCAUAAUGGACAUAAGCUAGUUAAAUUAGACGAUCCAGUCCUAGAACGAAGAUAUGAGGUUAAAGGGCUCAUAGGAAAAGUUGAAGAAAUGCUAGAUACAGCUCAGAAAAAAGAAAUCGAAAUUGAGAAUAGAAGAGAGCAACUAACUCAGUCAACAGAAAAAGAAUUAGGGAGAAUUGAUGGAUAUUUUGCUAGAAUUUAUGAUAAACUGGAGCAGAAAAAACAAUUUUUAAAAGAAAAAAUAGAAGAAGAGUCCCAAACUUGUGGGGUGAGACUGCAAUCAGAUUUAGACGAAAUUUCACAGUUUGUUAUACAAGUUCAACAAUAUUUGGAAAAUUUAAACACUUUAAAUACAAAAAUCGAAUCAAUGAGUCCGUUGGAGCUUACUAACUCCAAUUGAUCCCAUACAAUAACUUCAAGUAAGCGCGAAGUGCACCUGCUUCUCUCCCAAUGCCAAAAAAUCUCUAUGAUUGAUUCUACUUCAGUCAUAUCCUCACGAGCACUUUUUAACCCAAAGCCAUUGGAGCAAGAAAUAAAUAAAUUCGGGAUGAUUUCUGCUGGAGUCGAUUUUAACAACCCUGCCAUUUAUUGUUUUGGGACUCAAAACACUGUCCUUAAAUUUAAUUUAGCCACUCAGCGCUGGUCUCAAACUGUUAUAUUAGAAACAAACGGCUACGAUUUCAAAAAUUUUGCCUCAGCCGCCGCUCUUCCUAAUGGAAGCAUUUUAAUUACAGGAGGCACAAAAUCUAACGAAGUCUACGAAUUUAAGGAAAAUCGUAUGAUAAAAAGAAACAGCAUGCUGCAUGUAAGGUCAUCUCAUAAUGCUGUAUAUUUUAAUGGUUUUGUGUACUGUAUAGGUGGGUAUAAUGGCUCAUCCUGGCACGAUAAAUGUGAAAAAAUUUCUAUAGAGACCUUUGAUACUUUACCUAUUGCAAGCUUAAAUUAUAGAAGAUGCGCUUUCAGCUCUACCAUAUCAGGGAAUGAUAUAUAUGUAUUUGGAGGGUAUGAUGGCACGAAGUAUUUGGACAAUAUUGAAAGAUACAGCGUGAUUAAAAAUAAAUGGGAAACUUUUGCAUAUGCAUUAAAAUGGCGUGGUGAAUCAACUACCCUCUGGAGCUGAUAUCCGAAAGGUGCAGGGAACCUUGAGGAAGGAGGCUGGCAUUCGAUAUAUUUUAUCCGGCUAAGUUUUACUUGGUUUGGUGAAGCGCUAUGCCGUGUGGUCGACUGUAGGCCUUACUCAAAUACCAAGUUUUUACUUCAGAGGGAGAUGGGUCCAGAAGUUGGAAAGGGCUUCCCAGAAGUGUCAAUGGCGUUCGUCUUGACCAAUCGGGACUGUUCCCCAGCGUAAAACCAGGAGUUACGCUCUGGGCUACGAAUUUAGAGUCGACCACGAAAUUCAACACUUUUGAAUUUUCAAUGGUGGGCAGCCCUGUGACGACAGCAUGGCGACCCAAACUUUCUGACUACCAAGGAGCAGGCCUAUGUCUGGUAGGAGCAAGACUUUUUAGAUCGUGUUACGAUUUUCGGCAAAGCAGACGAGUGGAGCCUUAUGGAAGGGGAAAAGGAUCUUCGGAUGCCAACAAGGAGCUUUUCUAUAAUCUAAUUGAGUGUAAUUUUAAGGGAAACUUUGCCUUGCGUUUUGCAUAGGCCGCUUCAAAACACUGGGGCUGCUUAUUAUUCUGACAAUAAAAUUAUGAUUGCGGGAGGAUAUAACGAAAAAGGAACACUCAAUGUAGUAAGAAGCCUAGAUUUAGAGACCUUAGAAUGGACUACAUUGGCUAGUAUGGCACAUACAAGAUACCUUAUGAAUAAAUUCCAUUUUUGCUCUGGCUGCGUAUUUGCUAUCGGUGGGUCUGCCCAAGGGCAAAAUAUUGAAUAUUACAGCAUUGCAGAAGGCAAGUGGACAUCCACUAAACCAUAUAAAGAUUUCACAGAAGACACAAUGUACAAAUGGGCUGCUGUCAUAACUCAAGACUCCGAAGUCCCACGAGGUCCUUAA